AUGUGGGUUGUGGAAGCGACCCGGAUUGAGCCUCCUCCUCCUCCGCUCCGUGUGAUAAUGGCAAGCAGUGGUGAAGGAAUUGUGUGGUAUCAACGCACCAUUACCAUACCACCAUGUUCUCGAGGAUGUCACUACAUCACGGACGAUAUUAUCAAAGGCAUGCCGGAAAUCACCCAAAUCAAGAUUGGAACUCUUAACCUCUUCAGUGGGUUCAUCUCCGUUUUCCUCUUUUUUACCUCAUCUCUUACAGUGGUGUCAGGUGCGUCCCUUGACCUCCUUCCCCCUACCAGCCGGCGCACGUGUCGUCCACACAUCGUUCAUCACGACGCCAGACGCAGUGGCGGUAGGGAGGUCGCGUGCGUGACAGCCUCUGAGUUGGGACGGGGAUGUCAAGUAAGUCCUCUUCACGCCUUAUUCGAGCCUCUCCCUAGGGAUGAUAUUGAGAUGCUUCUAAAUCGAUUGAUUCCGGAGAAGUUGAACUACAAGCACUCCUGCGAAGGUCCCGAUGAUAUGCCGGCUCACGCCAAACAUGCAAUUCUGAGCGGUUCCAAUGUGACUAUUCCCAUUACUGACGGCAAAAUGAACUUGGGAACGUGGCAGGGUGUCUGGUUCAUUGAACACCGGAAUCAGAAGUCUCGAAUACCUGACAGGACGAUGUUUGAUCUGGCCAUACGCACUGGCUAUGGGACUUUUUCAGUCACCUGCCAUUCGGGUCCUCACGUCAGGGGUCUGUCGAUAUCCCUUAUGCCCAAUAAGGACUUCAGGAACAACUUGGGCCCUAUAAAAGCAUCGGUUUUCGUUGAUUCGUGA